AUGCCUGGUCACCAUGAGGAAGUCAAGCGUGAGUUCAUUGAGAUCAAAGAGGAGAAGGUGAAGACGGAGGACAUGUCGCAGCAGCCCUUCAUAAAGUCGCAGACACUCGCGGAGGCAGUCGAGGCAGAGCGGGUCGAUGCAGAAGCAGUCGAGGCCCAUUCGCCUGUGGCGUCAAGCACCCGGAAGCGCAAGCGUCCAGGUGAUGACCUGGGGGAGCAGGCCAUCCGCAGAAUGAGCAAAGAUGGCGUGGCUACCGACACGAUCGCCGCGUGGUUUCGCCUUCCCGUCAGCACGGUCGUGGCCUUCCUCGCCGAACCAGGAAGCCGAGAUGAGGAUGAUGAGGGCGCUCUAAGAUGUCUGGUUCGCCGCCUGUUGACAGAUCCCGACGACUUCGUGUGUCCUAUCAAUCAGGAUUUGAUGAGGCAGCCAGUCGUGGCAGAGGACGGCUUCACUUACGAGCGAGAGGCCAUCGAAUCUGCCUUGGGACAUCGUGAGCGCAGCCCGAAGACGAAUCUGCCAAUGGGGAGGAAGGUCAUCCCGAAUGUCCUCCAACAGGCUUCCAUCCGCGUUUUCAUGGAGCGAGUCGUUGAGGAGAUUUUUGCCAUUGCGCAUUAUCUCCCAGCUGCAGAUGCACGGUCAUUACUCGUGCGUGCUGAAAGUCUCAUCCGCCCUGAGCCUUGUGUGCCUGAUUGCAAACUGCCGACAGCUGUGCGGGGCAAGCUGCUGAAAGUGCUGCGGUUGAGGGCCAACCUCCCUUCAGCACUGCAGGGCAAUGCCUUGCAGGAACUGAAGGCCAUUCUUCUUCAGACUCCGAUGCGGGAGUUGCUUGACAACUUCAGCGCUUGGGAUGCUGAGCCGUUAUUGUCCUACUGCUGUGAUCAGAAAUGGAGUGGAUGCAUCUUGCCGCGCGGCGACGAGGGUCCUUGA